ACCUUCAAAACCCACACGCCCCCCUCCCCUCACUGCGUCCUCGACUCCCAUCCUCGGCUCAGCUAGCUAGCCUUCUCCUUCUCCACCUCGCCGCGCUAGACCGGCCGGGGCACCAUGAGCGCCGCCACCGCCGCCGAGCAGCAACCGGAGCCGCCCGCCGCCGGGACCACUCCGCCGGCGGUGAUCCGCAACGCUCGCCACCGCCCCAGCACGCUCAAGCUGUGCUACCACCUCGCCGUCUCCAACUCCCCCUACCUCCUGCUCCCCCUCGCCACCGCCCUGGCCCUCCGCCCGAUCCCCCGCCACCCCGACCCGCUCCCCUCCCUCGCCGCCGCCGCCCGCUCCGCCCUCACCUCCAACACGCCCCUCACCCUCGCCCUCCUCGCCCUCGCCGCCGCCCUCGCCACCAUCUACCUCAUGCGCCGCCCGCGCGCCGUCUACCUCCUCGACUUCGCGUGCUACAAGCCCGGGCCGGAGCACGUGAUCACCCGCGAGACCUUCAUGCGGCAGUCGGUGGGGGCGGGGACGUUCACGCCGGAGAACCUCGCGUUCCAGCGGAAGAUCCUCGAGCGGUCGGGGCUGGGCCAGGGGACCUUCUUCCCGCGCGCGGUGCUGGCCUGGCCGCCGCGCCCGCCGUGCAUGGCGGAGGCCCGCGCCGAGGCGGAGGCCGUCAUGUUCGGCGCCGUCGACCAGGUGCUCGCCAAGACGGGCGUCCGGCCGUGCGACAUCGGGGUCGUCGUCGUCAACUGCAGCCUCUUCAACCCGACACCGUCGCUCUCCGCCAUGGUCGUCAACCACUACAAGCUCCGCGGGAACGUCGCCAGCUACAACCUCGGCGGCAUGGGCUGCAGCGCCGGCCUCAUCUCCAUCGACCUCGCCAAGCAGCUGCUCCAGGUGCACCGGAACACGUACGCGCUGGUGGUGAGCAUGGAGAACAUCACGCUCAACUGGUACUGGGGCAACAACCGGUCGAUGCUCAUGUCCAACUGCCUCUUCCGGAUGGGCGGCGCGGCGGUGCUGCUGACGAACCGCGGCGGUGCGGCGCGGCGGCGCGCCAAGUACCAGCUGGUGCACACGGUGCGGACGCACCAGGGCGCCGACGACCGCGCCUACCGCUGCGUAUUCCAGGAGGAGGACGAGUCCGGGCGCGUCGGCGUGGCGCUCUCCAAGGACCUGAUGGCCGUCGCCGGCGAGGCGCUCCGCACCAACAUCACCACGCUGGGCCCCCUCGUUCUCCCCUUGUCGGAGCAGAUCCUCUUCCUGGCGUCCCUCGUUGGGCGCCGCGUGUUCGGCCUCCGCGCGCUCCGGCCCUACCUCCCGGACUUCAAGAUGGCGUUCGAGCACUUCUGCAUCCACGCCGGCGGCCGCGCCGUGCUGGACACCGUCGAGCGGAACCUGGGGCUCAGCGGCUGGCACAUGGAGCCGUCGCGGAUGACGCUGCACCGGUGGGGGAACACCUCCAGCAGCUCGCUGUGGUACGAGCUUGCGUACGCGGAGGCGCAGGGCCGAGUGCGGCGCGGCCACCGCGUGUGGCAGAUCGCCUUCGGCUCCGGGUUCAAGUGCAACAGCGCCGUGUGGCAGGCGCUGCGCGACAUCGACCCGGCGGAGGAGAAGGUGGGGAACCCUUGGGUGGACGAGAUUCACAGGUUUCCCGUCGAGGUGCCCAAGGUCGAGAGCGUCGUCACCGCCGCGGCGGCGGCGGCACCGGAGCCGGAGGCGGCGUCGUGAGGGUGGUGCGAGGCUUUUGUUUGUACAGGGCCGGCUUAAGGGGGAGGGCAGCCAGGGGGAUGGCCCAGGGUCCAUAAAGGAGGGGUCCAACAUCUAGUAUGUCGUAGAUAGUGUACUUAAUUUAACUUAGAGUAUACCAGCACACAGUCAGUCACGCAACCAAACACGUAGGCCUUUCACCAAAUAUUAGGAGUCACACGUGACUGGUAGUCACACUAUCACACAUGAUGAAAUAAUUAUUUUAUGCCGGAACAAUUUGUUGUUCCAGCAAUAAAAAAAUAUUUCAUAUUAAAAAUAUUCCAAUUUUUUAUAUUUA